CUACCCAAUGAUGACAGGUUGGAUGACAAGGGCUCUGUGGAUAUUCAUGCCAACCCCCCUCUCCCUGAGAAUGUGAUGAAAGAGGAGGACAACACGGUAUAUUUCAUCUAUGACGAGGAGGUAGAGGACGAAGACAAAGAGGAACCUCCUCCUGCAGAGCCCAUCAAACCAGUCAACGACAGACCUCACAAGUUCAAGGACCACUACUGCAAGAAACCAAAGUUUUGUGACGUCUGCGCACGCAUGAUAGUUUUAAACAAUAAGUUUGCAUUGCGAUGUAAGAACUGCAAAACCAGCAUCCACCACCAGUGUCAUUCCUACGUGGAGUUCCAGAGGUGUUUUGGCAAAAUUCCUCCAGGAUUCAGAAGAGCCUACAGUUCACCUCUCUACAGCAGUCAGCCAAAUUCCACAGUCUCACAGCUGCUGCCCUUUUCACAGUCAAACCGUACCGACCCUGUGUUUGAGACGCUGCGUGUUGGUGUGAUCAUGGCCAACAAGGAGCGUAAAAAAGGGUCAGAGGACAAGAAGAAUAUGAUGAUGACAGAGGAUGAUGAGUCCCAGCCCAAACAGGAGGAUGAAGGAGGUGAAGGAGCAAACACAGAAGGAGCCAAGAGAGGAGACAAGGCUCCUGUUGAUGACAAGAGUAAAAAGCUUCAGUCAGGAAAGAUCGGCGUGUUCAGUCAGUCUCACUACUAUCUGGCUCUGUACCGCUUCAAAGCCAUCGAGAAAGAUGAUCUGGAUGUUCAUGCUGGUGACCGCAUCACGGUGAUAGAUGACUCCAAUGAGGAAUGGUGGAGGGGGAAGAUCGGAGAGAGAACGGGCUUCAUACCUGCCAACUACAUCAUCCGAGUGCGAGCAGGAGAGGGGGUGUACAAGGUGACACGCUCCUUCGUUGGCAACAGAGAGAUGGGCCAAAUCACUCUGAAGAAAGACCAGAUUGUAGUGAAGAAGGGUGAGGAGGUAAACGGCUACCUAAAGGUCAGUACAGGACGGAAGCUCGGCUUCUUCCCCGCCAACCUCCUGCAGGAGAUCUGAGGAGGACUGGCAGACGCCACAUUAAACCCUCGGCCAGCUUCCGUCUCAGCUUCAUCACCUGCUGUGGCAGACAUGCUUGUUUAUGGUCCAAAGCAACAAAAACACUUUUUCAC